CCCCCCCCCCUCCAACAUCAACUCCUCCCUCAGCACCAUGAUUCUCUCCUUCUUCCUGAGUAUCUCCGCUUCCCCUCUCUCCACCGCGACUGUCAGCCAUUUGAGUUCCUUCCGCAUCCUGUCAAGUCUAUUCAUGUUGCUGCCGGUACUGCCCUUGAUAUGUUUCUGGGCGUUGUGUCUCGUGCUUUUGUGACUUUGUAGGUGAAGGAUGUCGUCCUGGAUAGUGGCCACGCG